CUCCUCUUCUCUGCGCCUCAAAAGCUCGGUCCAUAGAACGAAAGCCUCCUUUUCUCCGUUUUUCUUCAGGAUGGCAUUCUUCAAAUAUCUUCGCUCUGUUAAGAAUGAGAUUAUCCUUUUCUCAACUCCAUUUCUUCUUCUUCCACUGCCUUUAGUGAUCGGGACAUCGGAAGCAGAAUGUGCCUUUGUGAUAAUCCUGAUGGCAGUUUACUGGUGCACAGAGGUCCUACCACUGGCAAUCACUGCUCUUCUCCCAGCCAUCCUUUUCCCUUUGUUUGGCAUCAUGCAAUCCAAAGAUGUGUGUAUGCAGUACCUGAAAGACACAAACCUGUUGUUUGUGGGGGGACUGAUGGUUGCUGUAGCCGUGGAGCACUGGAAUCUGCACAAGCGCAUUGCCCUGAGGGUGCUGCUCUUUGUUGGUGUGCGUCCAGCACUUUUGAUGUUGGGCUUCAUGGGUGUCACAGCCUUCCUGUCCAUGUGGAUCAGUAACACAGCUACCACAGCCAUGAUGGUGCCUAUUGUGCAAGCAGUGCUGCAGCAGCUCAAUAACAGUGAGGCAGAGAUACCUCAGAUCCUCAGCUCAGAGGAGCCGGAGCAGACAUCAGAGACUGACAGCAAACAGGCUCCACAGACAGAGAAACAGAGCGAGGGACAAGCACCAUUGGUGGUGACUUUCUUGGAUGCCGCAGUAGAGGAUGCCAUGCGUAAGGAUGCAGAGGAAAAGCUCAAAAUGUGUAAAGGGAUGACCUUGUGUGUUUGUUACGCUGCCAGCAUUGGAGGUACUGCCACGCUGACUGGAACCGGUCCCAAUCUGGUGCUCAAGGGCCAGAUGAACCAACUCUUCCCUGAAAAUGGAGAUGUGAUUAACUUUGCCUCUUGGUUCGGCUUUGCCUUCCCUAACAUGAUCCUCAUGCUCACACUGGCCUGGCUUUGGCUGCAGUUUGUCUUUAUGGGAUUCAACUUUAAGAAGACGUGGGGUUGUGGGGCUGUGAAGACAGAAAAGGACAUUGCUGCUUAUAAUGUGAUCCGUGAGGAGCACCGUCGGCUGGGGCCCAUGUCUUUUGGAGAGAUAAGUGUCCUGGGUCUCUUCACACUGCUGGUGGUGCUGUGGUUCACAAGAGAGCCAGGCUUUGUCAAGGGCUGGGCGACAGAUAUCUUCAACUCCAAAGCAGAGUAUGUGACAGAUGCCACAGUGGCAAUCUUCAUUGCCAUCCUUCUUUUUGUUUUGCCAUCAAAACCCCCAAGUUUCUGUUCGAGGAGGACUCAAAGUUUUGACACAGCACACCAUCAAAAUACUGGCCGGACUCCUCCUCUGCUCACCUGGAAAGUUGUUCAAAAGAAGUUACCAUGGGGCAUUGUACUUCUUCUAGGUGGAGGUUUUGCUCUUGCCAAGGGCAGUGAAGAAUCUGGACUUUCAAAGUGGAUGGGUGAUCAAAUGACUCCCCUACAACACAUCCCUCCCUGGGCAAUUGCUAUCAUCUUGUGCCUGCUGAUUGCUACCUUCACAGAGUGCACCAGUAAUGUUGCCACUGCAACGCUCUUCCUACCUGUCUUAGCCUCAAUGUCUCAGUCCAUUGGAAUCAAUCCACUGUACGUCAUGGUGCCUUGUACACUGAGUGCGUCUUUUGCUUUCAUGCUACCUGUUGCCACGCCUCCAAACGCUAUAGUCUUCUCUUAUGGAUACCUCAAGGUUUCUGACAUGGCCAGGACAGGAAUAGUCAUGAACAUCAUUGGCAUUCUUUGUAUAACAUUGGCGAUCAACACCUGGGCCAAGGCCAUGUUUGACCUGGACACCUUCCCCGCCUGGGCCAAUGUCACCAUGGUGUGAGUUUGGUUCUGCCACAGAAGAUGAUCCAUGCACAGCCUGCCCUCCCUACACCAGUGCCAGACCAAAACCCCUGGUCAGAGUGAUAGCAGAGGAGCACAUGGUGGACCGCAUGCGUCCAAUUGAUGUUAGAGUACAACGCCCUCGAGGCUUGUUUUCAUUGACACCUGAGUCUUGCUUGUAAAAGAAAGUGUGUUUGAAAAUGGUUGGGAAUGACUGAAGAUUAAGGACAUUUUUACGUUUUUUUUAUAAUGAAUUUACACUUAAAAGAAAGACACAUUACAUUCAUGUACCAGUAUCACAUAAAUCCCAUAGGGUCAGUGAAAUCUAAAAUUGAACAGCCAACAAAGGGGCUAUUAAUAAGGUAAAAGUUAAUUAAACUGUUUUAAAUAGACAUGAAACAAUCUCAUCUAAAAAGCCACAUAUAAGAUUGUUACUUUGCUGAUUUACACAUUUUGGAGGUACUUGUAAUUUUUUUAGAAGAAUAACAUUUAUGCUGCUUCUGCUUUCAACUUAUAUUUCAGAGAGAAAUAUUGUCUUUUUUUAUUAAAUGUAUCUGAAAGCUGUAGUUACUAGUAACUUUUCAUAUUAAGAAAAUAUAAAAUAUUAUCAUAGAUUAAUAUACAUGUAUAAAGCACAUGCUAAACAAGACACAUCAUUGAAAUUCCUCUGUAGAUGUACAGGUCUGCCGGAAAAGGUCAGAGGCUAGAGCUGGCGGCCCAAAUGUGGCCUCGACUCUGUCUCCUCCCCUUCAACACUGCUUCUACCUAUAAAGGCACUCUCUGCACACAGACAAAAAAAGACACUAAGUAACAUAUCGCUGCAUUGAUCUAUUGUAUAUGACAGAUGUGUUUUUUUGUUAAAGGCUUGUUCCAGCUUCUGUUGAACUUUUAAAUGUGUCAUCACUACAAUGCAAGAAACCAAUACAUGCCUUGCACACACACACUGCCUAAUUGUACUUUAAACAUGCCAAUGGGCUGAAAUAGAAACAUGUAUAUCAUUGUUCUGUGACAAAGUAUACAAAUAAAAGACAUGAGUUUCUAUA